CUCGAGGAGAGAAAAGGGCAGUUCUGUGAGAACAAGAGACAGAACGGUGCGAGGACAAUAACGGUCGCGUUAAAUGUGAUUAAACGAAACUUACAUUUUUGCGGUUACCAAGUCAAGGAAUGUACCUUACAGGAACACUGAGACAACUGUAAUAAGCAGCGCUCGGGACAAAAGUCAGGAGGCCGGCGUGGUGUGUGAGUGUGUGAGGCGUCAUGGCCAUCUCUACUCAGCUGGGCUUGCUCCUGUGGAAGAACUUCACCUAUCGACGGAGACAGAAACUCCAGCUGAUGAUCGAGAUCGUCUGGCCGCUCUUCAUCUUCUUCAUCCUCAUCUCUGUCAGGAUGUACUACCCCCCCUACGAGCAGCAUGAAUGUCACUUCCCCAACAAGCCCAUGCCCUCUGCGGGCACGUUGCCAUGGGUACAGGGCAUCAUCUGCAACGCCAACAACCCCUGCUUCCGUUACCCCACACCUGGAGAGACGCCAGGGGUGGUGGGCAACUUCAACGACUCUAUAAUCUCCCGUCUGUUCAACGAUGCUAAGAAGAUCCUGCUGUACAGCCAGAACGACCGCAGCCUGCAGGGCUACAAGGGACUGGUCAGGGCUCUCAGGAAGAUGCAGAAGAACACCAAAGGAUUCAAGCUGAAGGACUUCCUGCGAGACGAGGAGACCCUGUCCCUGUUCCUCCAUCGCAACGCGUCCCUGUCGCACCACGCCGUCAAGCACAUCGUCGAGGCCGACGUCAACCUGGAGAAGGUUUUGAUCCGAGGCUUUGGUGUCCAUCUCAGGGACAUGUGUAACGGCACAUCCUUGGAGGACUUCGUCACCAUCUCCGACAGAAACGUGUCGCAACACGUACAGGAAAUCAUCUGCAGGUCCUCUGGUGAUUGGCUGGACCGGGCACAGAGCCACUUCCUGUCCAACCUGGACUUCCUGAAACCCAUUCGGAAGGAUGUGAGGUCAGACCCUGAAGUGGUCCAGGAUGUAUCCAUGGCAACCGAUGUCCUGUUGGAGAGCCUGGGAGCCCUGGCUGUUGAGCUGGUGAGCAUGAACAGCUGGCAGGACCUGCGUAAGGAGCUGCAGUACCUGACGGCCAACGCCACGGGCAGCCCCAGCCACAUGUACCAGGCCGUGUCUCGCAUCGUGUGCGGACACCCGGAGGGCGGAGGACUGAAGAUCAAGUCCCUCAACUGGUAUGAGGACAACAACUACAAGGCCCUCUUCGGUGGCAACGGCAACGGUAGCGAGGACGAGCCGGUGUCCGCCUACGACAACUCCUCCACUCCGUACUGUAACAGUAUGAUGCGCGGCCUGGAGGCCAGCCCCAUCUCCAGGAUGAUCUGGAGGGCGCUCAAACCUCUCCUGAUGGGCAAGAUCCUCUACACACCUGACACUCCCGCUACACAGAGGAUCAUACACGAGGUGAACAAGACGUUCCAGGAGCUGGGCGUGCUGAGGGACCUGGGGGGCCUGUGGGAGGAGAUGAGGCCCAGGGUCUGGUCCUUCAUGGAGAGCAGCGAGGAGAUGGACCUGGUCCGGACCCUGCUCCAGAACAACGCCAGUGCCCGCUUCCUGAACGACCGCCUGCAGGGGACAGACUGGAGGGUGGAGGACCUGUCGGCCUUCCUCCGCAAGGCCUCCGAGGACCACCGCCCACCCGGCUCAGCCUACACCUGGAAGGAGGCCUUCAACGAGACCGACCACGCCAUCCUCACCAUCUCACGCUUCAUGGAGUGCGUCAACCUGGACAAGCUGGAGCCUGUGGCCAAUGAGGAGCGCCUCGUCAAUAAGUCCAUGCGUCUCCUUGACGACCAGAAGUUCUGGGCGGGCAUCGUGUUCCCAGACAUCGCCCGCGGCAACAGCUCGGACCUGCCCGACAACGUGAACUACAAGAUCCGCAUGGACAUCGACAACGUGGAGCGCACCAACAAGAUCAAGGACGGGUACUGGGACCCGGGUCCCAGGGCUGACCCGUUUGAGGACCUGCGCUACGUGUGGGGAGGGUUCUCCUACCUGCAGGACGUCAUCGAGCAGGGCAUCAUCAGAGCUGUGACCGGGACCAAGGAGAAGACUGGGGUCUACAUCCAGCAGAUGCCCUACCCCUGCUACGUAGACGACAUGUUCCUGCGGGUGAUGAGUCGCUCCAUGCCUUUGUUCAUGACGCUGGCGUGGAUGUACUCGGUGGCCCUCAUCAUCAAGGGCGUGGUCUACGAGAAGGAGGCGCGCCUCAAGGAGACCAUGAGGAUCAUGGGAUUGGACAACGGCGUCCUGUGGCUCAGCUGGUUCAUCAGCAGCCUGAUCCCCCUGCUGGUCAGCGCCGGGUUGCUGGUCCUCAUCCUGAAGAUGGGUAACCUUCUCCCCUACAGCGACCCAGGCGUGGUGUUCCUGUUCCUGGGCUCGUUCGCCGUGGUAACCAUCAUGCAGUGCUUCCUGAUCAGCACCAUCUUCUCGCGGGCCAACCUGGCGGCGGCGUGCGGGGGCAUCAUCUACUUCACGCUCUACCUGCCCUACGUGCUGUGUGUGGCCUGGCAGGACUACGUGGGCUACGGGGCCAAGAUCCUGGUGAGCCUGCUGUCCCCCGUGGCGUUUGGGUUUGGCUGUGAGUACUUUGCCCUGUUUGAGGAGCAGGGCGUGGGCAUCCAGUGGUCCAACCUGCUGGCCAGCCCUCUAGAGGAGGACAGCUACAACCUGACCACCUCCAUCUGCAUGAUGCUGGUGGACGCAGCCCUCUACGCCCUCAUGACCUGGUACAUAGAGGCCGUGUUCCCCGGUCAGUUUGGGAUCCCCAGACCCUGGUACUUCCCCUUCACCAAGUCCUACUGGUGUGGAGAGAAGCCCUGCAACAACAUGGCCACGCCCACAGGAAACGCUCAGGCGGUGUGUGUAGAGGAGGAGCCCUCCCACAUCCAGCCAGGCGUGUACAUUAAGAACCUGGUGAAGGUGUACAGCCACGGGAAGAAGCUGGCGGUGGACGGCCUGACGCUGGGCUUCUACGAGGGCCAGAUCACCUCCUUCCUGGGCCACAACGGAGCCGGAAAAACCACCACCAUGUCGAUCCUGACCGGCUUGUUCCCGCCCACCUCCGGCACGGCCUACAUCCUGGGGAAGGAUAUCCGCUCGGAGCUGAGCUCCAUCAGGCAGAACCUGGGCGUGUGUCCCCAGCACAACGUGCUGUUCAGCAUGCUGACAGUUGAGGAGCAUGUCUGGUUCUACGCCCGGCUGAAGGGUCUGUCUGAGGAGAAGGUGACAGCUGAGAUGGAGCAGAUAGUCAAUGACGUCGGCCUUCCGCACAAACGCCAGUCCCUCACCAGCCAGCUGUCCGGUGGCAUGCAGAGGAAGCUGUCGGUGGCUCUGGCCUUCGUCGGGGGGUCAAAGGUCGUGAUCCUGGACGAGCCCACGGCCGGUGUGGACCCCUACGCACGCAGAGGCAUCUGGGACCUGCUGCUCAAGUAUCGCCAAGGUAACCCCACCCAGCCACCCCCCCUCCCCCAGUGA